AUGGGCUGCUGCGAAUCUUGGUUCUCGAGGAAGCCGCGUUUGGAAAAGGAUCGUUGGCACCACAGCCAGUACCGACGUUCCUCUUCCGCCAAAGGCGCUUCCUCCGUGGGCGGCGGAGGUGGCUCGUCGGGCUUCGCUGAGUUCACUUUGGCGGAGCUGAAGGCAGCUACCAACAACUUCAGCUCCGACAACAUCGUCUCUGGGAGCGGAGAGAAGGCCCCCAAUGUCGUUUACGAAGGCCGCCUGCAGAACGGCCGCUGGAUCGCUGUCAAAAAGUUCACCAAAAUGGCCUGGCCUGAUCCUAAACAGUUCGCUGGGGAAGCAAAGGAAGUGGGGAAACUGAGGCAUAAGAGGCUAGCAAAUUUGAUAGGGUAUUGUUGUGAUGAGGAUGAGAGGCUGCUAGUGGCGGAGUUCAUGCCUAACGAGACUCUUGCUAAGCAUUUAUUUCACUGGGAGAAUCAAACCCCUGAGUGGGCCCUGCGUUUAAGAGUGGCUUUGUAUAUAGCUGAAGCAUUAGAUUAUUGCAGCAAUGAAGGUCGACCACUGUACCAUGACUUGAAUGCCUAUAGGGUUCUCUUUGAUGAGAAUGGUGAUCCACGGUUAUCCUGUUUUGGAUUGAUGAAAAAUAGCAGGGAUGGUAAAAGUUACAGCACAAAUCUUGCAUAUACACCUCCCGAGUAUCUAAGAAACGGAAGGGUCACCCCAGAAAGUGUUGCUUUCAGCUUUGGGACUGUUCUUUUGGAUCUUCUUAGUGGAAAGCACAUCCCUCCAAGUCAUGCACUGGAUAUGAUACGAGGUAAAAAUAUUCUUCUUCUGAUGGAUUCCCAUUUGGAGGGGAACUUCUCAACUGAAGAGGCAACUGUAGUUUUUGGUCUUGCUUCACAGUGUUUGCAAUAUGAACCAAGGGAGCGGCCAAAAACACAAGAUUUUGUUUCUACCCUUGCACCACUGCAAAAUAAACAUGAUGUUCCCUCUCAUGUGAUGCUGGGAAUUCCAAAGCAGGAAGAAACGCCACCAACCCCACAACACCCUCUCUCUCCAAUGGGUGAUGCCUGUUCACGUAUGGAUCUCACAGCCAUCCAUCAAAUUUUGGUGAUGACACACUAUAAAGACGAUGAAGGAACCAAUGAGUUAUCUUUCCAAGAGUGGACUCAACAAAUGAGAGAUAUGUUGGACGCAAGGAAACGCGGAGACUUGGCAUUCCGUGACAAAGAUUUCAAAACUGCUAUUGAUUGCUAUUCUCAGUUCAUAGACGUGGGCACUAUGAUUUCUCCAACGGUUCAUGCACGAAGAAGCCUCUGUUAUCUCAUGUGCGAUCAACCAGACGCUGCCCUCCGAGAUGCAAUGCAAGCGCAAUGUGUUUAUCCAGACUGGUCCACGGCAUUUUACAUGCAGGCAGUAGCCCUUGCCAAGCUCGACAUGCACAAGGAUGCAGCUGAUAUGUUGAAAGAGGCUACCGUACUAGAAGAAAAGAAGCAACGAGUUGGAAAAGGACCUUGA